GACAACAAACCAGAGGUGUGACGGUGGUUUAGGGGUCACCCAGAGUAGCAUCUCAGGUUCAAAUAGCAUGUUAUUUCUCUUUUGCUAUUUCCUGUUGGCAUGUGAAAAAUGCAGAAAAGAAAAGAAAAAAGACCGCCAUUGCACAACAAUCCAGUAGCAUUGUAUUGUACUGUUACAUUUCCUGAAGAUAUAAAUCACAGGAUGUUCCCUCAAUCAUGAUUCCAGUUUCAGGAUUACAGGCUUUGCUGUGAUUCCCAGAUACAAUAUGCAGUGUGUGGACACUGACACGUUUCUUAAUAGGUUAUGACUUAACAGUCAUAACUACAUCAUUAAUGACAUCAUUAAGGGAGUAAGAUUGUGUUAUCUUUUCUUAUGAAAUGAAACAUAGGUUAUCAAGCACUGAAUCCACCACUCACAAGCAUGACAUGUUACACUCCCAGGGCUGAAAUGUAACCAUGAUGAAGUAUCUUUGGACAGAAAUGCAAAGGUUCAUAUCAAACAGCAAUGGUUUUCUCUUUUGUAGAAGUCAUCCCGCAGUACUGAAAUAUGGUGCCAAAAAUAACUUUUUACAUGUGUAACAUUUGCAAUUAUUGGCUGGAAUCUCUGAAAUCAAUGUGGUAUCAAUGAGGUCGAGUAAAGUGGUUAAUGGACCUAUUAUGGGAUAUUAACUCUUCCAAGUCCUGACUGGGAUAUCAAUUAGUAAAUGUAGUAAAUUGAAUUAUAUUUGAAGGUGACUCAAUAUUGCUGGAAAGCCUUUAUAGUAUGAUUCAUUGUUUCUCAAAACUUGUUACACAGAAGUACACUAGUACUUCAGUGAUGAUGGACUUCCCUACUAUUUAACUGGCUGCCAUGAGAAUUACUGGAGGUUGUCACGUGUCACACGUAUGUUUACCAUCAUGAAAAUAUGAUUCAAAUGAUGUACUCCCUGAGGGAGUCGGGGUGUUAAAACUUCACAACACCAUAGCUGUUAAUGUACCAUGUGCGCACUUUCUUUUUCUGGGACUUUUUUGACCACCUUUUUUGAGAUUACUGGAGUUGCUGUCAGUACAGCACUUAAAAGGCUGCUCUGCUCUGAACUGACAGUGUUGUUUGUACGUCUGGGAUGAAAAUGUUUCGUUUCCUGAUACUAACCGGUUUGCUGUUGAAAGCCUGGGCGUCGCAGAUCAGUGGAUAUGGAAAUACAACAGCUGAUUACGGCGGUGACGCUUAUUACAGGUGCACACUUCAGAACCCCACAGGUGUGCUCCAGGUCACGUGGCAGAGGCUGUUCAAGGAUGAGUCCAUAGAGAAUUUGGCAACCUACAGCAAGCGGUUUGGACAGCAAGUGAACGAGCCUUACCGUGAAAAACUAACGUUCACAGAGGCAUCUCUCAACUCAUCAUCUAUCACUGUGAGGAAUGUAACAUGGGAGGAUGAGAGCUGUUAUAUUUGCUCAUUCAAUGUGUAUCCAGAUGGGUCCCAAAGAAGACAGACUUGCCUCACAGUGCAAGGAAUAUCCGAGGUGAAAACAGACGUGCAAGUUACAGACAGAGGAAAAGAGGAGAAAGAUGUGAAGGUUGUGUUUAGCUGCUCUGCAACAGGUAAACCAGCUCCCUCCAUUCAGUGGGUCGUUUCACUUCCUGCAACCAGCUCAGAAGAAACAAAGACUAUGACAGCGACAAACAGUGACCACACAUUUACCAGCAGCCGCAACAUCACACUGAAAGUAUCUGCAGACUGGAAAGGAGAUGUGGAUUGUCUGGUGAACAGUGGAAAGAGGGGACAGAGGCUGCAGAGGAUUCCUUUUUCUUUACAUGCUGAACAUGUGGAGAACAAUGAAGCGGAAGGUGGAGGAAUGUCGUCAUCAGGGAUUGCACUUCUGAUUGCAGCUGUAAUGUUUCUUUCCUGCAUUGUUGUUGCUGCUGUGAUCCAGCGAAAAAGGUUAAAGGGUGACAGAAGAUUUGAACAUGUUGAAAACUUGAGUAAUGUUUGACCUCUCACGCAACCGUCUCUGACUAUCUCUGUGCAAUUGUUAUAAAAUUUGCAUUUUUUUGCUUCUAAACUUAACAGACUUAACAGUGAAUUAAGCUUAAAGCUGUGAUCCAAGAUGCAUUUACUCAUGUAUAUGCUACCUGUCCAGUUUGCAUUUCUUUUAGAUUGCAAUAUUCAGCACUUUAUAUGUCUUUAUUGAGCUUCAAGCAGCUAAAAGUAGAAUGUAAAAAGCCAGGGAAAAUGUCCAGUGUUCCAUUGGAGUAUUAUAUUCAUGUUAUUAUAUUUUAAGCUGUUAACAAGACUGUGACCUCAACUUUACAAUAGUACAAUAGUUAAAGUUUGCUUCAAGUAAGUCUAGCAGGUAGAUUAUGAGUAUAACCAGCUGAUAUAGAUAUAAUCAAUAUUCCUUUUUGUGCUUGCGAUCAUGUGAGGAGACAGAAAAACAGGUGAUUUUUACUCAGCCAGAGGAGGAGUACACUGGAGAGGGGGAUGUUAUUCAGAGGGGAAGGGGAUGUGACUCAGAGGGGAGAUGGGACAGAUAUUUAUAUUUAGGGAGUGAUAAACAUUUGGAUUGAAAAAUGACUGACUGCCCAUCCUGAGGUGGGAUGGUUGGAUGUAAGCACAGGAAACAUGAAGCAAGGAAGAAGAAUUCAGGGGACUUUGAAGGCAAAGCAGGCUGAAGCCUUGAGGUUGUGUUUUGGUGACACCGUGGAUGUAUCACAAUGAUACUGUGUCACAGGGUGCUGUAGUGCCAUCUAGUGUGCUUUUUGGGGAAGUAAAGAACAGGCUUUUUUAAGAGACAGAAAUUAAAAUAUAAUGGCACUAAAGAGGAUUGAAGUAACCCAAAUUUAGCAUCACUAAGGAAUAUAAUUCAAAUUUCUGUUAAAUUGGUACUUCUCCCUUUUAAUGUGAUCUAUACUGUGAAAUGUGAAGUUAGUGCAAAAGACGAUAUCAAUAUUUAUCUAUCAAUAUGUAUAUACAAAGUUUGAAUUAGAGAUAAUAUAUUACAUAAUAGACAUAUUUAUUUGUAAGUGUGUUGUUGUUUUUUUUUUUU